AUGGCACUUCCGACAGAGGCUCUGCCCUCAACCAGAAUCGGAUCCAAUGAAGUCAAUACGGACAAUAGCCCGAUAAAAAGAAAGCGCCGCGGGGGUGUCGUUGACCCCAACGACGACGAUAUUGUGUACCACUUCACACCUUUAGAUACGACUUCCGUGGCCGUCGGGAUACGCGAAAUGGGAUCCAUUUCGCGAUUUCCUGCGAACACGAUCCAAGGAUGAGAGGAGGUGUCUCGGCUGGAUGGGGGCCGAGAGGCUGAGGAUGAUGGAGUCCGCGGAGUACAAUGGCGUGGAUCGUCGGGCGCUGCUGCCUGCGCCGUGUAUGCCCUUCGGUUAUGGUAA